UGUAGGUGUAAUGUCAACCGUCCAAAACAAUACAAAAGGCCCCACAAGGGUGGACCGUCAUUGUUAUAUCAACAGACAAUCCCACCACGUUAAGGCCUGUCCUGACUUAGCCUGUUAAAAUCGCUCUCCUAACAAACAAAACUAGAGUAUACUCCAUUUCUCCCAAAGUCCCAAUAAUUCCGAACCCUAGUUCCGCCAUGUCUGACGAUUCUCCAGCCACCUCCUCUGCCAUUACCGGCGAAAAUGAGCAGGAACAACCGCAAUCAGCGGACAAUCUUUCAUCAAAAAUGGAGAAAAUGAACAUUUCUAGUUCAUCCUUCAGUAUUUGGCCUCCUACCUCACGAACUCGAGAUGCUGUAAUCAAUCGUCUCAUCGAAACACUUUCUAAUCCAUCUGUUCUCUCUAAGCGUUAUGGAUCGAUUCCUUCUGAAGAAGCUUCUUCCAUUGCUAAAUCUAUUGAAGAAGAAUCGUAUGAUGUUGCUGCUUCAAAGGCUGCUGCUAAUUCGACUUCUGUUUCCAGCAUUGAUGAAGGUAUUGAGAUUCUUCAGGUUUACUCUAAAGAGAUCAGUACACGGAUGCUUGCUGCUGUUAAAUCUAAAGGUGCUACUCCUGCUCCUGAUCCUGAUGCUUCGGAGAUCUCUGCUCCUCCGGAAUCUGAUCGUGCUACUGUUGCAAGUGAGGAAGUUUCUUCUUCUAUUGGUAAUGAAUCUUCGGCUUAGGGUUUACUGUUGUCUUCAUUAGAUAAUAAUUCCAGAUCUGCUGCUCUUAGUUCUUCUGCCUUUCUAUUGCUUAGUAAUGACUGAGUAUUAUCUAGUAUCUACAUCAAUAGUGUCAUAUAUCGUAAUGGUGUCAUAUAAUGUACUUUUCAAAUGAGCUGGCGACUUAUAUGAUAUUCUAGAAUUCUGAGGUUUUUCUCGGGACUUCUAAAUCGUAAACGAGAAAUUUCUAAUUCUCCAAUUUGGUUAAAUCUAGCUGUACUAUGUGUAUGUUGAAUUAUGUAAGCAUAUUGUCAUAAUGUUACACAUGAUUCAGAAUUGUCAUAAGUUUAGAAAUUUACUGAAGGUUAUUUCA